UCGAGUUGCAUUGCAUUGCUGCGCGGAAGCACGCAGUGCCAAUCCACGCGAAGCUUCUUGCGUUCAUGAAAUGCAUAAAACGCGGCAGAAUUAGUCCUUUAUAUGUCACUACACACUGUAGCGUCCUGGGAAAAAGGUUCGGAUAAGCACGUGUUGUGUUGUGUGAUAAGUAUCCCUCUAGCAUGAAUGUAAAUUGUCACUGUUUAUUCACUAGAGCGUUAACAGUUCACACGACUGAAGCUUGUCAUACUGUUUUAAAAUCGUUCCCGGUUUGAAUAACCACAACAAAAGUGUCUCAACAGUGUUUCUUAUUUAGUGCGUUUAUACGCUUAUUUUUAAGCAUGCAUUUAUUAAACGUCUCUGCUAACACAUUUUAUUCAUCGCACCGUAAAGUCUCAUCGUGUGUGAUUGCAUUGUUUAUGUGUUGUCGAUAACACAUCGUCCCAGCACUGUGUCUUUAGCGAAAUUAGGGACAGUUUGUGCCUGAAAAGUAGCAUGUCACUAUGGUGCACUACACUAUAUUGCUUUCUGUGCGUGUGUGAAUGUUUUAUCACUCAUUGGAUUAGGCCACAAGAAGAGGCUGAAGACGUUGGUUCCUCUCCCGUCGGCUGCUACACAUCGUCAACAAACGUGUCUGCAAGCAUAUCCGACAGACGUCCACUCGACAGCUCGUCACCUCCCCUGGCGCCUUCCACCUCACCGUAGUCCGACUGCAGGCUCGACAGUGAAAUGGCUUCAGUGUCUGAGCACAGUGGACUGUGCCACGCGGGAGAAGGCGCUGCAGUGUGGCGUACGAGCAUUGACGACUUGCCUGAGGAGAUACUGAUAAAGAUCUUCUCUCACUUGUCUUUCACUGAGCUAGUGGACGUGGUACGGAAAGUGUGCCGUCGUUGGAGAAAGCUGUCGCGAGAUUUGAGGUUGUGGGCUGACAAGGAAUACCAUGUCGGGGUCUCGAGGCACUGCAACUCGGAGAACUGUAAGAGCGGCAGGACCGAGCGGGAGGCGAUGCGUAUCUUCCGCAGUGCCCGAAACCUGCGUAAAGUACACAUGUGGUGCGCCGUCAGCCCCCACGUCAUCGACGUGCUCUGCGACAAAGGCCGGAGGCUCGCAGAUCUCCGCCUGCACGUCGCCCAGAAGCUCGGCUAUUCGACGGUGAAGAACUCGGUCGAGCAGUGCUCCGGGAUACACGUGCUGACGGCACCCGACGAGCUGCUGAAGACCGAGAAAUUUUCAGAGGCGGUGUCGCGUCUGCAGUACCUCCGUGUGCUGUGUCUGCAAGAGAGAUACGUGGGGACGACUUGCGUCCUGCGUCCUUGUGUGCUGAGACCUUUGGGUGACGGGUGCCCCCGACUGGUCGAGAUUGACUUCGGACGUAUGUCUGUCGAUACGGAUGAUCUGAAGUACUUUCUGAAUGCCAAGAAGAACACGCUAAAGUGCUUACAAAUAAAGUGGUCGGUGGAUGGAACGAGGUGA